CAAUCAUAGGUGGCAUAACAUCUUUAUUUGAAUUUCAAAUUUCACGUUGUGAGAAAAACGAGUUUUUGUAUUGUUCCUUUCAAUCUCGUGGUAAUUCGCGUUCCAUGAUAACCCAAGCGUAAACAGCUACUUAGGGACCCAGAGUAAGGAAGUCUUUCCUGGAUAUAAGCUUCACUUAUUUCUCCUUAAAAAUGCCGUUGUGCUGUUCUCACUGCUAUCAGGUAUCGUAAUUUAUCACAAAAAUGCAGGUAGCUGUAUAAUGUUUUGUCUUGCAAAGGGUUUUACUGGUUGUUAUUAUUUCUAUUAUUUCUCACUCCUCCAGGGGGAAGAAUGUGUUUUGAAUUAUGUGACGUAGCUCGUGCGCACGAAAAGUCGGUUGUACUUUUGAUCUUGUCGCACUGCGCUGUGAAAAAUUCCAGACGGAAAGAAUUCGCCGAUUUGUGGUAAUAUGUACGAUUCUCGUCGAAGAAACUUUUAAAGGAAUCGCUGUUCAUCCUCGUCUUUCAGAAUUGAACAUUCAUUCGCGGGAUUUCUCUUGUCAAAGUAAACAUUACUUGCGUUUGAAAAGAACAAAUCACUUCACUUUACUUCAUUGAAAAGACGGUGUAGUACUGGGAGUAAUCGAAGGAGGCGACUUUAAAGACGACAGAAGAAGGACAGACAGUCAGAAUAUCCCGAUUCAAGACUGAACAAUCUUCAAUCGUCAUGAAUUUUGAACAGCGCUUGUUUAUUUCGUUGUUGGUAUCAGCCUUCGUUGUGUAUUUCACCUUGCCAGUUUCAGCUGCUGAGGAAGUCGAUUGUCAGAGCUUCAACAAAUCUUGCAGCGACUGCACCGGACAUUCCGCGUGUUAUUGGUGUUCUUCUACUAAAAAAUGUACCAAUUAUCCUGGCUGGACGAAAAUUGUCCCUCGAGAUUGCCCUAGCAGAAAAUGGUAUUAUGGUCAAUGUCGAAUAGCCGGGAACGUUCUCAUCAUUUUGGUGCCUUCCGUGGUUGGCGUCUUCUUGGUGUUUCUUGGGUGUUGUAUAUACUGCUGCUGUUGUCGUCAGUGUAACAAGUGUAAGAAAAAGCGAAUGGAUAAAGAAGACAAGAAGUUGAAGCGUAAACGUGAAGAAAUGCAGGCCAUCCAUGCUCAAAAACGAAACGAGAGAGAAGUCAAGAGGGAUGAAAUUCGCAAGAAGUAUGGCUUGCGGCCCGGAUCGGGCUAUCAGCGAAUUGAAGACGAUAAUCUCUAUUGUGAAACAAUAUCUAGAGCAAGAGAGAUGCAUGGACGCCUUGUGGCUGCGAGUCGUGUAAAACUGUCAGACGGAUUCAGCGCCGUUCGCGCUGUCAACGUUAUUUCUGUGACUUUCAUAAAUGUUUGUACGCUUCUGUGGGUUUUUGUGGUCAUCCUUGAGGCAUCUUCCUUAGGAAUUGCAGUAACUGAGGGUGGUAAUAUUACACUGAACUGCACUUUGAAUGGUUCUAACAUAAAUUGGACAAGCAGAGAAGAGUUUCUUCACAAUGGUCAGAUUUUCUCAAAACAAGGCAUCACCCGCAAUGACAGUGGAACUUACAAGUGUCAAGACUCUAAUAAUUCAUCUGAACAGCAUAAUGUCACUGUUCAAUAUGGUGCUGAGGGGAAAAUUUUAACCAAUGUCACAGAAUUCUGUUCUGGUGAGCUCAUAAACAUCUCUUGUGAAGUUGAUGCUGUACCAGCAGUUUCUGAAGUGGUUUGGAUUUUCAAGAACAAAUCUAUUCAGAAAAGCAACAGUCCAAACUUGACAUACGAACGAGCCAACUGUUCACUUGAAGGCGAAUACAUUUGCUUUCCUAAGAAUAAUAUAUCCAAUGCACGGAAUGGAACUACAGUUGUCCAGGUUAAAGAUUGCCGGUCAACCAAGUCAACACCCAGCUCCACGCCUACUACUACCGCCAAAUCAAAAGUUGUGCCCAUUGUUCUUGGUGCUUUUUGUGGUAUUCUAGUUGUUUUUGUUGCAGUUGGAGGCUAUCGUCUUUUGAGAGGAAGGAGGUACCAAUGCUGCUGCUCUGUAUAUUGUAAUGGAUUUUUCAGUGUUCAGAAUGAACCAAGUCCUCCCUCACCAACUGGACGGAAAACAAGCCUUACCAAGAUUUCAAGUGAGAAGUUAAUUCGGAAAUAUCAUUACUGUAACUUAUUAUUACUCUACUUUUAUACUUAUGCCAUAUAGCUGCUGAUGGUAGCAUGCCAUACAAUUGAUGGUGGUAUGACAUACAACUGCUGAUGGUAGUAUGCCAUAUAACUCCUGACAAAAGCAUGAAUAGUCGUCCUAUAGUAUGAAUCAAAACCCACUUGUACAGUUUUGUACAGUGAUGUAAUCCAUUCAUCUCUUAAUGUAUGGAUGUACAUGCUGUGGUAAACUAGUCGUCUCAAAUUAAAUAUAAAUAUGCAUACAGUGUAUUACUAAGUUGUGACCUGGUUGUUAAGGACAUUUGCAGCCAUUGUUACUGUGCAUCCUUUCUGCGCACAAAAUUCAUGUCACAAGGUCACCCCACGUCAUACAUUAAGUGCAUGCUAAGGAAGAAACAUCGCAAGUAUAGGGCUUGAGACCGAGUGCACUAACUUUGCCUGCAAUCUGCUUUCAUGGUUGCCCAGUGACCCCCAUUGUUCUUUCUGUAGAUCAAUUUCUUACCUGAUUUUAUCCAUUAUAACAACAACAAAAAAAAAAAGCAGGAAAAACCUAUGCUCGUGAAGUUACAAAUAUUUUGCUUUUUCUGCUCGUUUGCGAGCAAAGUUUUCUUCAAAUGUGGAUGGUGUAACACUCCAAAAGCACAUGGUUUUUAUUACUACACACUUCAUGUGAGUCACACUAAAUAUAUAUCAUCUAACCACGACUUCGUGUAAGUCGCACGGGAUAUAACAUCUCCCCCUUUUUUGCAGUUGUCUACACAGUCCACAUAAAAUAAAAUAAUAACACAGGAUGGCAAAAUCCAAUUCAAUGUUCCAGAGUCUUUGAAUCAAUCAGAACCAAAGUCUUGAGACUUAAUGUGACUA